AUGGCUUUAUUAAGAAAUAUAUCAAUUUCUAAAUUAAAAGGUGUUUCAAAACCCUCUUAUAUAUCUCAUGAAGCAGCUUUAUCGGUUAUUUUGUCAUCAAUUGCUGAAUUCAAAAACACAUCUUUUACGCUAUCUUUAGAUUUUUCUCCAAAAGUCUUAGAAUUGAUUAAUGAAUUUUUGGAUUAUAUUCUCUUGGUUUUUUUAAAAACAUCUAAAUCUAUUGAAAUUUCAUAUCUAAGAAAUGCUAUAUUAAAUGAACUGCCGACUCAGUUAGGUGUAGAAGCAAUUUCUGAAGCGGAUGCCGAAUUACAAACAUAUAUUGAAAAUGAACCCUUAGCUAAAGAUUUAGGUUUUAAAAUCCAUGAAGAUGUUCGAUGGGAUUUGAUAGAUGUUUGGAAAAAAAUUCGUGUAAAAUGUAUGGUAUAUUCUACAUUAGGGAAUCAGGAAAAAGAUAAUUUUCCCACUGCUUUAUGGGGUGACGAGUUAAUAUCACCUUCAGUUUCAAUAUAUACUACAUCGGUUCUCGAGUUUGUUGCAGAAUAUAUGCUUCUUGUUGUAGGAAAUGCAUGUCACCGAAGAUUAAGUGAAACUAAAAAUUCAUAUCCAAUUAUUGAAGAAAGAGAUUUAAAUGAGGGGCUUAAAUAUGAUCGAGCAAUUUUAUCCUUAUGGAACAGAUGGAAAUCUUCUGACUCUUUUUUAGACUUAAUGGUUAAUGAUAAUUCUUUUAGUGCAUCUUCUGUUGAUACUGCUCUUAUUUCUCCGAAAAAAGAUAAUAUAUUCGAAAAAAAAUCCUAUAAUUUUGAAACAAAUGUUGAGGAUAUACGAUAUGAAACUUAUAUCAAUACUGAAAAAGAUAAUUCUGGUAUUGAUAAAUAUUCUGAUGAAUUAGAAGUCUGCAAAUUAACCCAUAUGACAGAAUAUUUAAAUUUUGAUAACAAAGAAACUUUUUUUCCUGCUUUUUUAAAAGGUUCUUAUAUAAAUACUCAUACUAAUAAAAAACUUCUAGAAAAUCAAAAAAAUUCUCAAAAUGAAUCUUUUUAUAAUAUAGAAUUAUUGGAACAAGAUAACUCAAAUGAACAGAAAAGUGAGUAUAAAACAAAGAUGAGGGAAACAGAACAUUUGUAUAAAGUAAAUGCAAAGAAAAAUCAACAGUGCUUACCUUUAAAAAAGAAAUCAAUUCCUUCAUUUGAUUCUGGAGAAAAGGUGUCAGUAGAUUCUUCUGUUAUUUUUGGAAGUGAUAUUGAGAAUACAGUGGAUAAUCAUACUUUAGAAGUUUUUAAUACAACCUUAUCUAAAAGUGUUUCACGUGAAAUCUCUCCAGAAGAUACUUCUAAACUUAAUCCUGAUAUUCCUAAGACUACAUUUUUAGAAAGGGUUUCAGCCAUUGAUAAUAUAAAUCAGGAUUCUAUAGAUCCAUUUAAUACAAAUACAUGUGAAUUUUCAGAUAUUUCGUAUAAAGAUAAGAAUGAUCUUUUGACGAGUGAAAAAUUAUUUGAUGAAAUUCGAAAGCUUUCAUUAACAUAUGAUCAAGAAAAAUCUACUUUUAGCAAAGAAAAAAGCGAAAAUCACCAAUUUUUUAUUCAUAAUUAUAAUGUCAAUAAUACGAUUAAUCAUAAUUUUGUUUCUCACAAAAAUUCUCACUCAUUGCAUGACGAAAUUUCUCCUUGUUAUAGAAUAUUGAAAUCUGAAGAGAAAGAUUAUAAUUCUCAUGGAAAUCUUAUAGAUAUGAAAUCAGAAACAAGCACAUAUAUGAAGGAUCAAAAUAUAGACGAAAUAUCUUCUAAAAAUAUAAAUAUUUUUUUUCAUUCUACUAAUUCUGAUCUGUUAUUAAAAACAUCUUCGAAAACUCAAAUAAAUUCUUCAAUAAAUAAAUCUAAACACGAUGAUUUUUUAAUUUCAGAGAUACCAGCAUUAGAUAAAUAUUCAGAAACUAUAGCUUUAUGUCAAAAUGCAAAUUAUUUAAAUUCUAAACUUUCACAAGAUAAAAAAAAGAAUGAAACUAGAAGUAAUAAGAACACUUUUGAUAAACUAGUAGAUAGAAAUGCAACCAUGAAGAUGUUUCUAAAUCCAGAGGGUUUAAGAGAAAUUGAUUUUGAUAAUGAAAAAUCAUUUUUGAAGGCAUAUUCUCAAACGACAGAUAUUCCGAAUAUUUCAGAUUCAUAUAAUACAGAACUUAUAAGUAGAUAUUGUAAUAAUGUCAAAGAAUUACCAACACUUGAUUUUGUGAACACUUCAUCAAUUAAAGACAAACGAAAUAAAUUACAACCACGGGAACCAACUAUUCCUAAGGAGCCAACUACAAGUUCUCUUAGAGAGUUUUUUAUAGAAACUUCUAUGAAUAAAAUUCAUGAAUUUUCGAAUUCUAAAUUAUCUACUAAAUAUUCUCAUUCGUUAAAAACGUUUGAUUCAGAUAAUUUUAAUGAUUAUACAUCCACUUCUCAAGUAUCCUCAACUUUUAAAACACAAAAGGAAAUGGAAAAAGAGCAUUUUAGAGACGAGGAUAAAGAAGAUUUAAAUAGAUCGUAUUCGAGAUUGUACCGAAGAGAAGAAUCAUUGAUCGAAUUUUUAAGAAAUUCUGAACCAAUUAAUGCUGAUUCAAUAAAAUUUCAAGAAUCCAUUCCAUUGGAUGAUAAAAAUAAGGUUUUAUAUAGAAAAAUUCAACUUUAUAAGAAUUCAUCAACGAAUUUCUCAGAAGAUAAUAUAUUUCCAAAAAAUAGUAAUUAUUCAGGCACAACACGGUCAAUUUAUGUAAGAGAUUCUCCUUCAAAGAAUUCAUAUCAGACGCCAGAAUCCAUUGAAAAAAAAAAACUAUCUUUGGAUAAUAUGUUUUUAGAUUCAAAAGAGUUUUUUUCUCUGAAUUUCGACGAUAAAAGUAUAUUUCUUCAAAAUUCACUAAAUGAUACAAAUGACUUUAUAAAUGAACCAAAAACUAAUAACUAUCCUCCUAAACAUAUUUCUAUCAAAAAAGCAAAUAUUGAGCAUAAGGAAUCUUUAACUGAUUUCUUAAAGAAUACAUCUCCUUUGAAUUAUAAUAAAAGAGAUUCUAUAAACAAUUCUUAUGCAUCUAAAAAGAAAAAAAAUACACUUUUUACAUGGAAAAAGCAUGAAUUACAGAAAAUUAGGAAGGUUUGUCCUGAAAUUCGAUAUCCAACUAUAAAAUUAAAAUAAUAUUCAUUCUAAGUAAAUUGUUAGAAAAUUACAAUCAUUUGCAAAAUAAUCUGUAUAUUUUCAAAUAUUUUUUUAUAAUGCACAAUAGAAUU